UUCUUCUAACCUCUCGCUUUCCACUCCCCUCACCCUCUCUUCUCUUCGCUUUCCUUCUACCUUCGGGAUCAGAUCUAUUUCCCUCACCACUCCUCCUCUGCGGUGCGCCACGCGCCACUAUCUCUUUAACCUAACGCCGUGUAUGAUCAACAAUGGCAUCUGAAGAAGUUCUGAAGGUUGUUUUCCCUUUCCUGGAGGGUGUUGAUCUUGCUUCUUGCAUGGCUGUUUGUAAGCUGUGGAAAGACAUAGCUAGAGAUGAUUUCUUUUGGAAAUGUCUGUGUGCCAAGAGAUGGCCUUCAAUCUGCAAGCGACCUAAUCCUUCUACUUUAACCUACUACAACUUGUACAGAACCUUUUAUAAACGUCUGCAUCGAAGAAUUCUUCUCCCUCCAAGAAUCUCAUUUGAUGAUUUGGAUUUUUUCAUUGACAUUUGGGCUGAAAACAUAUUAAUCUUCUCAGAAGUGGUGCCUGGUUCUGUCCUUCAAGCAGGUUUUAGAAUUCCUGCAUCUGGGGUUUGUGAAAUGCUCAAAUAUCACCUGGAAGGUUCGGAAUACAAGAUGACUUUUCCUGUGGAACCCAGGUUUACUAUCCCUUCUGGACAAAAUCAGAAUGUUAGUGUCUCUGUCAUGGUUGGGAAGAAGGAUUCAAAUAAGUUUGCUCGCAUAAUAAAUAAAUCCAUGUUUGAUUAUAUCGAUCGCUCAUCAUAUAGAGCGUUGGCUUUUGAUUACCUAGACAUAGCCCCUGACUACCCUUUUUUGACUGGCAUCCGUGCGUGGAUAUCUUUGCUAUUCAUGGAAGAUAAAAAAGAAGAUCUUAUGGAUGUAUUUGGGAUCCAGAUGGAUUUCUGUGAUGUUGCAAAUUCCAAGGAAGAAGUCUUGUGGCUGUUGGACAUGCUUGACUGGAAGUAAAAGAGAGAUCUCCCAUUGUUACAAGAAAAAUAAUUGGACAUUGUGAUCUGAUGUUAACUUGUUAGUUUACAUGGGGGUGGUGCAUUGAAAAGUUUAUGUUAAUGUCUUGAGUGUUUGGACUAUGUAAAUACUCCGCAAUCCUAUGUUAUCAAUAAAUGUGUUUAUUAAGCUCCUACUCUAACACGUGAUAAUGUUCUUUUUGUCAGCCCAACCUAGAUUGGGUUACCUAUGAUUGUGGCGGAGUGAAGAACAAUUUCUGUACUAGUUUGGAGAAGUGUUGUCUUCUAUAGUAAGUUGCAUCAUUAUCUCUA